GGAGCGGAGUCGAGCCCCACCCCCACCCAGGAACUGCACUCCCAACGGCCCCCUGCGCCUCUGGAGGUGGAGCCAAUCCCCAGCCCCUACCUGGGAACUACAACUCCCAGCGGCCCCUGCGCCUCUGGGGGUGGAGCCGAGCUCCAGCCCCCACGUGGGAACUACAACUCCCAGCAGCCCCUGCACCUCUGAGGGGUGGAGCCGCCUGGUCUGCGUCACCGAACCUCCGGAACCGUGGCCAAUGGCAGGGCAGGGGCGCGGCUGAGUGGGCGGGUCUAACCAAUGGGUGGGAUCGCUAUGGCGGAGCGGGUUGGCCCUGCCCCACCCCCAAUCUACGUGGGGGGCAGCAGCAGUGACAGCGAGGGGGAGCCUGUGAGACCCCCAAGGGGGGAAGGGGGGCAGCCGCGCCCCAAGCGCCGGCGUGUUCUGUGCACCACCGAGAUCCCCACUGUGCCUGUCUACUCGAACAAGGUGAACAGCAGCUUCCAGCUGUGCCCUGCGGAGCUGCACCAGGAGGUGCCCCCCCUGCGAUGGCAGGGAGGGGCAGAUCUGGACGUGGAUGAGAUUGACCCUGUCACGCCCCCACGGCCAGAGCGGCCUCACGCCCCACGCCUCCCCCAAGGCCCCUGCACUCACUGGCUGCAGGAGGAGCCGCAGCAGCAGGGGGCAGCGAGAUCGGUUCGGGACGAGUCCCCCUCUCCCCCUCCCCCACCACAGCCCACACGAAGGCAGAGGGGCCGGACCCGACGGGAGGUGGCGCGCCAGCUGCGGGGUCUCAGCACGUGGCUGUCGGCCGCCCAGCGCAGCCUGCAGGAGGAGCUGCCCGAGGACGACGUGAUCCUGGUGGAGCCGCCCCCGUCCCCCCCGUCCUGGCAGCUGCAGCUCAAGGUACGGUGCCGGGCUGAGAUCCAUCGCGUCGCCGUGGAGACGUCACAGCCCCUGCAGGUGGUGGUGGAGCACAUGGCCGGGAGACUGCAGGUCCGGCCGGAGCAGAUCCUGCUGCUGCUGCGAGACACAGAGCUGCCCCCCGCCAGCACCCCCCAGGGCCUGGGCCUGGGCGUGGCCGACAUCGUCGACUGUGUGGUGGACGUGGCAGCGGGGGAGCUGCAGGGCGGGGGAGAAUCGGGGGCCGGGCCGGCCCCUGGGGAGCUACGGCUGACCGUGCGAGGCCAGGAGAAGGACUCGCUGCUCACACUCAACGUGCCCAGGGCGGAGCCGCUGCACCGGCUGAUGGAGCGCUACCAGGAGGCCAUGGGGCUGAGCGGCCGCCCGCUCCGCUUCUUCUUUGACGGGCAGCGCCUGGCGGGGACCCGCACGCCCGAGCAGCUGGGCAUGGAGCCCGACGACGUCAUCGAGGCCUGGGCCUAGCCCCCCCCCCCACAGCUGGGCAUGGAGCCCGACGACGUCAUCGAGGCCUGGGCCUAGCCGCCCCCCCCCCCACAGC